UUUUGUAAUGAUCAUUUCGCUCUUUAUAUUACACGUUGCAAUAUCAAGUUGAAAUUUAUAGAUACUUUCGGCAUGUCUUCUCAACGUAAACGCUGCAAGGAAAGGUAAAUCUUCAAUUAGACUGCAAAUAAUCAAGUGCUGUGGAACCAGGUCUUGUACUGAUGUUUCUAAAAGAAGUCGUUCAAAUUCAACGUUACGGCAUUUGGAUACUAAUAUGACAAAAGUCAUGAUGACCACAGAGACCAAUGAGAUGAAAGAUGAUAGAGUUUCUGGCAAGGAUCAAACUGAAAAUGGGAGCGAGGCUCCUACAUUGUCUGACUCAAGUACAGAACCCAAUAACCAGGAAAAAAUCACUGCAAUGCAAGAAUCUACGGAAUCAAAGACAUCUGCCAAGGAUGCGAGCCAGCAAAUUACAAAUCAGCAGAGUGUUUCUACUAUAGAAAUGACGGCCUCAACCAUUCUAAAAGAGGCGCCAACGUCAGUUACAACACUAGAAAUUUCUGAUUUCACGUCUUCUUUAAGAGGACAGUCAUCAACAGUUCCUUCAACCAUAAUUGGUGAUUUAACUAGCACCAUAAUGGAAACUUCCAGCACAAUUGUAGAAACGACGCAGAGCAGCACCUCUACCAUUUCAAGCUCUUCCACAAAAACCAAUAUUGCAACGACUACAAUUCAACCAUCUGUUUCCUCGACAAUUAAAACUACUAUAAAAGAAAUUACAACUACAACGACUGCGCUAAAAACAACAACUAUUAUUACAACUACUACAACAAAAACAACUACUACAGUAACCACUACAACAACAACUGUGCCUCCAAAAUGCGAUUCUUUUGCUUUAGAUGCCAAGGCGUUUGCAGCUGAUAAAUCUCUGAAAGAUGCUGAUCAAUAUGGCUACUGGUUUAAAUCGUGCGGCCUGCAAUUUUUAAUUGGAAAAUCUUUGGUUAACUGGAAGGAAAAUUUCAUAAACUGCUCCAAAAUCGGAAUGGGGCCGAUUUCUUUGGAAAACUCUACAAUCCAAAAUUGUUUCAUCAAAACUAUUAGUCAAGGUUGGCCAUACGCAUUAAACUUCUGGACUUCAGCGUACCGAGUCAACUCCACGACCUUUUCUUGGUGUACAAAACAAGGGACGUUGGAAGUAAAAAUCCCUAAACCUCUCUGGGCUUUUCAACAACCAGAUAAUUUAAACGGCAAUCAAAACUGUCUGCAAAUCAGCGUCUCCAAGGCGAAUUCAUCUUUUUUACUAUCAGAUCGAGUUUGCGCUGAUAAAUUUUUUAUGGCCUGUCAGGGUGUCACAACAUCACCAGCAGUGUGCACAGUUCCGACGUGUCCAGAUCUGCCGUGCGAAAAAAACAUGUCGAUGUUCAUAAAUUCUACACAAGGGACGUACUUGUCAGGGCGCAGCCAAAUCGGACAGUGGUUCAGUCUGAAUGGACGCACAUACAUGUUCAGCUAUAGCUUUGUCACAAAAAAUUACAAUGAUGCCGCUCAAGAGUGCUGCCAAAGAGGAAUGACUCUACUUAGUCUUGAGCGCAAAGACAAAUAUGACACAGUGAUCAAAGCAAUUAAAACGUUAAACUCUACAGGAGAUUAUUAUUGGACAUCAGGAACUGACAACGGUUGUGAAUCAAAAUUUGGAUUCUGUACAGUUAAAAGGCUCUUGAGAAGCGACGCAAUUUGGGCACCUGGACAGCCGGACAACGCUAAUGGCAAUGAGAAUGUGCUCGCGGUUUUCUUGAACACCACUCACGCACAGCUAUUUGAUUUUAACGAGGGACAGAAUUUUAGAUUCAUAUGUGAAGCCCGCGAGAUAAUAAACGCAACGUCAGGAGGACGAGCCGUCAGCGAUGAAUGUGCUAUAAUAUACAACGUCGUGCAAAAAGAAAUUGACGAGCUUCUUAAUAAUACAUUGAAGUUGGAUGUUCGUCUUAAGUGCUUUCUGAGGUGUAUUGGAGAACAAUAUGGACUGAUCAUAAAUGGAAAAUACAUAGACAACACGAUCAUGGCAUUAUUGGAGGAGAUGGCUGGUGGAAAUAUGAACGACCUAAUUAAGAAUGUGGCCGUUGCAAAUGAAUGUGGAAAAACACCGACCGGAAUGGACGAAUGCGAUAUGGCAGCAGAAAUAAUUAGGUGCAGCUAUGAGAAGUCCCCAGACGUUUUAAGAGCAGUGAUUACAGCUGUGGACGUUGCAACAACCAUUCAAAAAUAUGCUAAUCCACCAGAAGAUGUAUGCCCACCCACAACAGGAUAUGCAGUCAAUACAGACCUGCUUACUAAGAUAAGAAAUUGCAAGGGUCAACGAUUAUGCUCACUGCAAGAGGGCUACGUUUUUGCAGCCUGUGGCAAAACAUGGCUACAUCGAAUGCUUCUUGUUACCUUUAAUGAAGCAUUCGAGGUGUGUGACGGCGUUGGAAUGAAAGUGGCCUCAAUAGGUAGUCAGGAUGAAUUGGAAUGCAUUUUCAAUAGUUUCUUCCAUCCGAAAACAUUCUUGAAUGCAUGGAUAGGUGCCUAUGACCAAAACGGUGACGGCUUCAUUCGUUGGUGUUCAUCUAACUCGACCUUUACCGCCCAAGGCUACAGUGGAGCAAUUUUUGGACAAAUUGGAGUCGGUGGCGCAUACACUAUAAUCGUGGCAAAGAGGCAGCUUAAAUUUUAUGAUUCAAGUUCAUACGCCAGUACACUCUGUAAUUGAUGUUUACAACAUCUUUUCUAAAAAUUUCAAUAAGGGGAGUGUGAAAUUGAAUAUUCUGAGGUUUUAUGUUAAUUUAUAACCAUAUAAAUUCAUCACCAAAUCACCAAAUAAUGAUUUCAUGUAAAUUUUUAUCAAACCAGGCAGUUAUGGAAAUUUUCUUUAUAAUAAAAAUUAA